AUGACCUCAUCGGAGCUGUGGAGGGGUCAGCUUUGCAACCUGCUCCUGCCACUUCUGAAGCCUUUCAAAAGACUGCCACCAGCAUCCGUCGACCUCUUGGAGGCUUGUGGCAGCGUAGGCAAGUUUGCCGAUGCCUAUCGUCUGGCUUCACUGAUCGUGUUGUCUAGUCGACAGACCUCACUUCUUGACCCGGGCGCACAGGUCACAGGCGGAGGGGGCCAGAGGGCCCGGCAACGGGGUGGACACCAGACUCAGGCUGGAGUGACAGGCCGGCACACUGCGGGUGAAUGCGGUUGGGGGGCUUACGAUUCGAUGAUGGAGGCCUGA